UUUUUUUUUAUUUUUCUUUAUUAUUUAACAUGGUUGCCCGGAUAGAAACGUUUCCAGAUGUUGUUGUGGAACAACUUGUCUACUUAUUGGAACCUAAUGAUCUUUUCCAACUCUCUUUGACUUCAAAAACCUUAUUUUCCAUUUACUCCAAUGCUUCUGUUUGGCGAAGCAAAUCCCUUCAUGACUUUGGUAAUUUGUUUCAUAUCUAUACACUAUUUACGACUUCUACUGGUUUAGAAUUAUAUCCUGAUAUACAAGAAAAAUUCGAAAAGGAACCUACGGAUUGGUGUCGAUAUUAUCUCUCAAAAAAUGCAUCUGUCAAUGAACAAGAAGAAGAAAAACUGAUGGAUGAAGCUGAUAGUGAAUAUGCUGCUGCUCAAGCUCAACUCAAACAAUUUCAAAACGAUGGAAAUGCUGCUAUUUUGAAUGAAGUGGCUGCCAAGAUGAUUAGGAUAUUAGACGUUUUCCCUGCUCAUGGUGGAUGUUAUUAUAUUUUGGCCUUUAUUUUAUUUGUAUUGAAUCAACUAGAAGAAGCUGUUAUUUUAUUACAAAUGGGUCGAUCUGUUGAUAGUUCGUUUGAACCUAUUGAUGAAUUGGAAGAAGAAAUACAACGGAUCUUGAAAGGAUAUGGAGGAGAAGAAGAUGAACCACCUUUACUUGCAAAUGAUACUACAUUAUCUGCACCUUUAACAGAAGCACUCUUGGAAAUAUUUAGUAAUUUUGAUAAAGAUAAAGAUAAUGCGUUGAACAAUAAGGAGCUUGGCAACUUUAUCUAUGAAACCAAUGGAUCUCACCCACCUCCACCCUUUUUACGACAAAUGGGACAAAGAUUUGGAAGCAAUAGUCAAGGUUGGUUAACGAAGGAUGGAUUUUUGGCAUUUUAUCUUGAACAAACUUUGGAUGAUCCUUCAGAAACUAGAAGUGAUCUCGGUGUUCAUGGUUACGAUCCUCAUACAUUGAAGAAACGCAUGGAAGAAUAAAAUGUAGAUCUAUUAUACCUUUUAUGUCUAAAUAAAUAAAAAAUUUUAUAACAUCACGAAACUAU